CCCGGGAGAGGGCGGGCUACCGUGUAAACACCGGAUAAAGCGUGUGCCGCGACGCGAACGGUUUCGCCAUCCAUACCUCGAGCAGAUCUAUAUCAGAGCCUCUCAGCCCAUGCGCGCACACAAAACUUGGCUGAUGUGCAAUGCGAUGCUGUCCGGGGAACGUUUCGGGUCUUCCGAUUUUGAUCACGUCAGGGAUGGCGGCACCUGCGAUGUGAGUCCAGUCGCAAGAAAUAGAGCCUAUCACGCGCAAUACGAGGCCAUGGCGCCGAGACACUGCCGUCCAGAUCCGAGCAAAUUGUUAUCACGAUUUCGGAGCUUCAUACGCGAAAGGUGGCCGUUGCUGCUGCCAAGUGCCGGCUGGGCUAACCCAUUUUGGGCAUGGCUCCAGGAACAAUGCCCUGAGUAUUGCCGUGCAUGCACGUAUCCGCCAUUCUGAUCUUCCUACAAGUGGUUGUGUCGCCCACAGCCUUCGUGAGUUACUCUUCCAGCCAUGUCCAGCCUUGUCGUGACCGUUUUCCUGGCCGUGAGUGCCCUGACCGCACUUUACCUUUACACCAUCAAGAGCAAAGAUGCAUCCGAGAAGCCCCUCCUCAAGCUGCCCCUCAUUGGUGAUCUCCACAGCUCGCCAAUCGAGAAACCGCUGGUAGACUGGAGCGCCUGGUCGAAACAACACGGCCCGAUUGCAGUUCCCAAGCUGUUUGGAAUCGUGCCCAUUGUCGUGCUCAACUCGUACGAGGCCGUCACUGAGCUCUUCAGUCGUCGUAGCCAAUGGUACAGCAACCGACCGGCCUCAGUAAGCAUGGAGAUGAUUACUGGGGCUGGGCCAGGGCGUUCUCGGUUUACGCUGAUGCACGACUAUGACGAUCACCUUAAACUGCACCACCGCAUCCUUUCACCAAGCCUUGGUGCGCCGGCGGCGAGCAAGUAUCAGCCGCUUAUGGAACUCGAAGCAAAGCAACUGCUCUUCGACCUCAUCACCGCCUUAGAGAAGUCCAAAGAUGGCUCUACAAUCGCCACGAAGACGAUAUAUCCUCUGCUCGAGCGAACCCAGUCCAGUGUCAUCCUUGCCCUUCAUUACGGUCUCCGCAUACCCAAGUUCGAAGAGCCAAUCCUGCACGAGGUCAUUGCGAUCCAAGCUAAAGUUACACAUCUGGCCGCGAAUCCGCAGCUCCCGGAUCUUAUGCCCUUCCUUCGUCACCUGCCCACUUUCAUCUCCCCGUGGCAGCAAUAUGCUGACAAGCUUUACGCGUCUCAGGUCAAGCUCUACAUGCGCCUCUUCUGCCAUGGUAGAGAUGUGCCAGGUUGGAAUGCGACAAAGCAAGCAAUCGCAUCCGCACUGAAAUAUGCUCCCGCCGCCUCGCCCGUGUCCGAUCUUGACCUUGCGUUCACACUCGCAACGUCUAUUCAGGGUGGUAUGGAAACCUCCCCUCGUCAGAUUCUCUGGCUCUUCGUCGCGGCGAUGCACAAUCCUGCGAUCAUGACCCGUGCGCAUGAAGUACUAGACAAAGUCGUUGGCAGAGAGCGUUUACCUACAUUCUCAGACCGGGACAACCUCGCCUACGUUGACGCUAUAGCACAUGAGCUAUUCAGAUGGCGACCGAUCUCCCCUGGUUCUAUCCCACGCCGUGCUGAUCGCGCGGACGAGUUCGCCGGCGUGAAAAUCGCUAAGGGUGUGACCAUCAUGGCGAACGCGUGGGCCAUCGGCCGUGACGAGGCAGUCUUCGAUCCUUCGCUUGGUGAUGCGCAGGAUUUUGUGCCUGAGCGCUGGCUACGUGAUGGGAAGGUCCGUGGUGAUCUUCCACUCCCUGUGUUUGGCCAAGGUCGAAGAAUAUGUCAAGGAAAGCGUGUCGCUACUGACGGAACAUUCAUGAAUAUCGCACAUCUGCUGUGGGCGUUUGACGUGGAAGCUAUACAGGGAGAAGAGGUGGACCCAUGGCAAAUGAUAGUUGUUGGCUUUAUGACUGAGCCAAGGCCGUUCAAGUUUCGUCUGAAGCCUCGAGGACCAUGGGUAUUGGACGCUGUGAGAAGGGAGUGGGAAAGCACCGAGAAAAGUCUAGAAGGAGUGAUGGGUACCGCCAACGACGUCGAGAAAUAGCGUCCAUGCGUGAUUUGGUCCGCCUCGUUUAAACUUGAUCACUAUACCGGAGUCGAAGCUCGUCGCAUCAGAGCAGUCGGGGCUUACAGGGCCGAACACGAUGCCUGCAG